AUGGAGAGUAGUGGCCCAAAAGUGCUGGAAACAGCAGAGGCAAUCCAGGAGAGACGUCAGGAGGUGCUGACUCGGUACCAGAGGUUCAAGGAGAUGGUUGCGGAAAGAGGUCAGAAGCUCGAAGAAUCCUAUCACUACCAGGUUUUCAGACGGGAUGCAGAUGACCUGGAGAAGUGGAUCUUGGAGAAACUCAAGACUGCAGAUGAUAAGAGCUAUGAAGACCCUACUAACAUCCAGGGCAAGUAUCGGAAGCAUGAAUCCUUCGAGGCAGAAGUGCAAGCAAAAUCCAGGGUCAUUCCUGAACUGGAAGAAAUCAGAGAAACCCGGUUUGCCGAGGGGCAUUUUGCCCAUGAGGACACCAAGGCCCAUCUGGUAGAGCUGCGCAAGCUGUGGGACCUGCUGCUGGAGCUGACCCAGGAGAGGGGCGCCCUGCUGCUUCGGGCCCUGAGGCUGCAGCAGUACCUGCAAGAGUGCGCGGACAUCUUGGAGUGGAUUGGAGACAAGACGCAGGACCAAUUUAUUUCUCAAGUUCCGAAGUACAAAGGGUGCCUCCGGGAGCCAUGGCCAACAUCGUCCCUGGUCCUUCUGGAGGAUUACCCCAAAGGGACUUCCAAAAUAUUUGCUGGUGGCUUGACAGACUUUCCUGGUGCACAGGAGGCUCUCGUGACCUCAGUGGAGCUGGGUGAGGACUGGGAGCGCACAGAGGUCCUGCAUAAGAAGUUUGAGGAGUUCCAGACGGACCUGGCAACUCAGCAAAGAAAAGUGGAUGGGAUGAACCAGUAUGCCAACAAGAGUGCUGAGGAAAGCCAUCCUGAACUUCCUUUGAUUAAGCUAAAGCAGGAUGAUGUGAAUACUGCCUGGGACCGUCUUCUCAGCCUGGCUGGGCAGCGACAGGAAACAUUGGCCAAUGCUGCAGACCUCCAGCGAUUCAAAAGGGACGUGACAGAAGCCAUCCAGUGGAUCAAGGAGAAGGAACCUCAACUCACCUCUGAGGACUAUGGCAAAGACCUCAUUAGUUCUGAGGCGCUGUUUCACAGUCACAAGGGCCUUGAGAGGAACCUUGCGGUGAUGCAGGACAAGGUAAAGGAGUUGUGUGCCAAAGCAGACAAGCUGAUGCUUUCCCACCCUUCAGAUGCAGCUCAGAUCCAACAGAUGAAAGAGGAUCUGCUCUCCAACUGGGAGCACAUUCGUACCGUGGCGACCAGAAGAUAUGCGAAGCUGCAAGCUUCUUAUUGGUAUCGGCGCUUCUUAUCUGACUAUGAGGAGCUCUCGGGCUGGAUGAAGGAGAAGACCUCACUCAUCAAUGCUGACGAGCUGCCCACAGAUGUGGCUGGCGGGGAGGCUCUACUGGACAGGCAUGAGCAGCACAAGCACGAGAUUGACUCUUAUGAUGACCGAUUCCAAUCUGCUGAUGAGACCGGUCGGGAUCUGCUGGACCUUGGUCAUGAAGCCUCUGAUGAAGUUCGGGAAAAGAUGACAAUACUGGCCAACGACUGGGCCGCCCUGCGGGAGCUGUGGGACCAGCGGCAACAUCAGUAUGAGCAGUGCUUGUACUUGCACCUCUUCUAUCGUGACAGUGAGCAGGUGGACAGCUGGAUGAGCAGACAAGAGGCCUUCCUGGAAAACGAGGACCUGGGGAACUCCCUGGGCAGUGUGGAUAUUCUUCUGCAGAAGCAUGAUGACUUUGAGACAGCCUUUAACGCCCAGGAGGAGAAGAUCACAACCUUAGAGAGCAAUGCCACCAAGCUGAUCGACAAUGACCAUUAUGACUCCGAGAAGAUCGCUGCUCUCCGAGAUAGCCUCUUGUCCCGGCGGGAUGCCCUACGUGCCCGGGCUGCCAGGAGGCGCAAACUCCUGGAGGAUUCGUGGCUUCUGCAGAAACUGUAUGAGGACUCAGAUGACCUAAAGAACUGGAUCAACAAGAAGAAAAAGCUGGCAGACGAUGAAGACUACAAGGAUACUCAGAACUUGAAGAGCCGGGUUAAAAAGCAGGAAGACUUUAAAAAUGAAUUGAAAGAUAAUCAACGGCUGCUCAAUACGCUGGAGAAAACUGGCCAGGAAAUGAUUGAGGCUGAUCACUAUGCCUCCAACAAGGUGGCUGCUCGUGUGGCUGAGGUUGUCGGCCUCUGGAAGGAGUUGCUGGAGGCUAUGGAGCAGAAAGGGACACAGCUGCAUGAAGCUAACCAGGAGCUACAAUUCAGGAACAACGCAGCGGAUCUGGAGCACUGGCUGGACAAGGUGGAGGAGCAGGCCACGUCUGAGGACUAUGGGAAAGGCCUGGCAGACAUCCAAAACCUGCUCCGGAAACACACCCUCCUGGAGUCCGCUGUGACCCCUCGCCAGGAUCAGGUGGACACCCUCGCAGACCUGGCAGCAUAUUUUGAAGAAAUAGGCCAUCCCAAUGCUGGCGACAUACAAGCAAGGAAGGAGUCCCUGGUGUCCCGGUUUGAAGCCCUGAAGGAGCCCCUGGCCACCCGGAAAAAGAAGCUCAUUGACCUUCUGCACCUGCUGCAGCUCUGCAGGGACACAGAGGACGAGGAAGCCUGGAUCCAAGAGACGGAGCCCUCCGUGGCUUCCACCUACCUUGGCAAGGACCUGAUUGCCUCUAAGAAACUUCUGAACAGACACCAAAUUAUCCAGGAUGACAUUGCCAGUCAUGAGCCCCACAUCCGAAUGAUAACGGAGAGGGGAAACAAAAUGGUAGAGGAAGGGCACUUUGCUGCAGAAGAUGUGGCCUCCAGGGUCAAGAGUUUGAAUGAAAACAUGGAGUCUCUCCAGGCUCGAGCAGCGAGACGGCGGAAUGACCUGGAGGCCAAUGUCCAGUUCCAGCAGUACCUGGCUGACCUGCAUGAAGCAGAAGCCUGGAUUCAAGAGAAGGAGCCUAUUGUAGACAACACUAACUAUGGGGCCAAUGAAGAAGCAGCUGGGGCUCUUCUAAAGAAGCACGAAGCUUUCCUGGUGGACCUGAGUGCCUUUGGGAACAGUAUGCAAGCCUUGAGGGACCAGGCGGAGGUCUGCCAGCAACAACAGGCUGCACCAGUGGAGGGAGCUGCCCGAGAACAGAGGGUGGUGGCUUUGUAUGACUUCGAGGCCCGUAGCAAACGAGAAGUCACCAUGAAGAAAGAUGACAUCUUAACUCUGCUCAGUUCCAUCAACAAGGACUGGUGGAAGGUGGAAGCUGGUGACCACCAAGGCUUUGUGCCUGCUGUCUACGUCAGGAAACUGGCUCACGACGAGUUUCCUACGCCCCCGCAGCGGCGUCAAGAAGAACCAGGCAGCAUCACCAAGCGCCAGGAACAGAUUGAGAACCAGUACCGCUCCCUCCUCGAUAGGGCAGAAGAGCGCAGGCGUCGCCUGCUGCAGCGCUACAAUGAGUUCUUGCUGGCCUAUGAGGCGGGCGACAUGCUGGAGUGGAUCCAAGAGAAAAAGGCAGAGAAUACAGGGGUGGAGCUGGAUGAUGUCUGGGAGCUGCAGAAGAAGGUUGAUGAGUUCCAAAAGGAUUUGAAGGCCAAUGAGCCUCGGCUGAGGGAUAUUAACAAGGUGGCAGAUGAUCUUCUGUUUGAAAAGCUUCUAACGCCAGAAGGAGCUCAAAUACGUCAGGAGUUGAAUCAUCGCUGGGACUCCUUACAGAGGCUUAUGGAGGAGCAGCAACAGCUGCUGGGCAGCGCCCAUGCUGUUGAGAUGUUUCACAGAGAUGCAGAUGACAUGAAGGAGCAGAUUGAGAAGAAGCUCCAGGCCCUCAGGGCUGCUGAUCCCGGCUCAGACCUGUUCAGCGUUCAGGCCCUUCAGCGGCAGCAUGAGGUCUUUGAGAGAGACCUUAUGCCUCUGGGAGAGAAGGUGACCAUGUUGAGGGAGACGGCAGAGCGGCUGAGUGAGUCCCACCCAGAUGCCGCUGGUGACCUGCAGAACAAGGGAAUGGAGCUGAAGGCGGUGUGGGAUGAGCUUCUAGGGUGCACGGAGGACCGUAAGCACAACUUAAAUGAAGCCCGGAAAUUCUACGUGUUCCUCAACAAAGCCAGGGACCUAGAGAACUGGUUGAGUGGCAUUGGUGCCAUGGUGUCAUCAGAGGAGCUGGCUGAGGAUUUAACUGGCACAGAGAUCCUCCUGGAGCGACACUGGGGACAUUAUGCUGACAUGGAGGCUCAGGAUCCCACCUUCCAGGCCUUAGAAGACUUUGGUGCAGAACUUAUAGGAAGUGGGCACCGUGACAGCCCUGAAAUUCAAGAAAAGCUUGAAGUGGUCAGGCAAGAGAAAGGUGACUUGGAGAAAGCUUGGGACCGACGCAAGAAGAUGCUAAAUCAGUGUCUGGAGUUGCAGUUGUUCCGUGGAAGCUGUGAUCAGGUUGAGAGCUGGAUGACGGCGCGAGAGAGUUUCGUGAGGUCAGACACUGCGGGCCCCUUAGACAGUCUGGAGGCCUUGAUGAAGAAACGGGAGGAUUUGGCCAAGGCAAUCACUGCCCAGGAAAUGAAGAUCACUGAUCUAGGUGCUAUGGCAGAGCGACUCAUUGCUGAUGACCACUAUGCCAAGGAGGAGAUUGCUGCUCGAUUACAACGGGUACUGGACAGAUGGAAUGCUCUCAAAGAACUACUGGUUGCUGAGCAGACAAAACUUGGUAACUAUGCUGACCUCAAACAAUUCUACCGUGACCUCGAAGACCUGGAGGAAUGGAUCAGUGAGAAGCUGCCCACAGCCUGUGAUGAAUCCUACAGAGAUCCCACCAACAUUCAGAGGAAAUACCUGAAGCACCAGGCCUUUGAAAAUGAGGUCCAGGGCCGAGCUGAGCAGGUGAAGGGAGUCCUCGACUUGGGGAAUUCUCUGAUUGAGCGGGAGGCAUGUGACGGCAAUGAGCAAACCGUGAAGGAACAGCUGCAGGAACUGAAGGGACAGUGGGACUACCUGCUUGAGAAAACAAUUGACAAAGGACAGAAGCUCAAUGAAGCGAGUCGCCAACAGAGGUUCAACACAGGCAUCCAGGAUUUUAAGUUCUGGCUCUCAGAGGCAGAGACCCUGCUGGCCAUGAAAGAUCAGGCCAGGGACUUGGCUUCGGCAGGAAACUUGCUCAGGAAACAUCAGCUGUUGGAAACAGAGAUGUCGGCUCGAGAGGAUGCACUCAAGGAACUGAAUGAGUUGGCGACUGAUCUACUGUCCAGUGGAACUUUCAAUGUUGAGCAGAUUGUGGAGGAAAGGAAUGAUGUCAAUGAGCGCUUCCUGAAUGUCCAGAACUUAGCGGCUGCACACCAUGAAAAACUGAAAGAGGCCCAUGCCUUGUUCCAGUUCUUCCAGGAUCUAGAUGAUGAGGAAUCAUGGAUAGAGGAGAAGCUCUUACGAGUGAGCUCCCAGGACUAUGGGAGGGACCUGCAGAGUGUUCAGAACCUGCUGAGGAAGCACAAGCGCCUGGAAGGGGAACUGCAGGCACACGAACCCACCAUCCAGAAUAUUCUGGAUGCAGCAGAAAGGCUGGGAGACAAGGCUGCUGUGGGACGGGAGGAGAUCCAGGAGCGCCUGGCUCAUCUUUUUCAACAAUGGGAGAAGCUCAAAGAGUUGGCCAGCACUCGAGGGCUCCGACUAGAAGAAUCCCUAGAAUACCUGAAGUUCAUGGAGAAUGCAGAGGAGGAAGAAGCUUGGAUCAGUGAAAAGGAAGCUAUGGUUGCCCGAGGGGGUUCUGGAGACACACUGGCCGCUACUCAGAGCUUGCUAAAGAAGCACGAAACAUUGGAAAAUGACUUUGCUGUCCAUGAGACCCGAGUACAAGAUGUGUGUAGUCAAGGAGAAGACAUUUUGAAUAAGGAGAGAAGUCAACACAUUGAGCAGAUUUCCACCAAGAUACAGACUCUGAAUGAAAAAGUCCCCUCUCUGACUAAGGCAAUAGCUGCUUGGAAGUUGCAACUGGAAGAUGAUUAUGACUUUCAGCAGUUCAACUGGAAGGCUGAUGUGGUGGAGGCCUGGAUAGCUGAGAAGGAAGCAAGUCUAAAGACCAAUGGGAAUGGUACAGACCUCGCCGCGUCGCUUGCUCUCCUGGCAAAGCAGGACACAUUGGAUGCCAGUCUACAUAGCUUCCAGGAAGACAGGCUGUCAGACAUAACUGACCUGAAGGACCAGCUGGUGGCCGCUCAGCACAGCCAGACCAAAGCCAUUGAGGAGCGCCAUGCUGCCCUGCUGCGGCGCUGGGAAGGGAUGCUGGAAGCCUCCGCAGCCCACAGACAGAACUUGCUGGAUAAGCAGCUGCCCCUAAAGAAGGCUGAGGAGCUGUUCAUGGAAUUUGCACACAAAGCUUCUGCUUUCAACCACUGGUGUGAGAAUGCCGAGGAGGACCUCUCAGAGCCUGUGCACUGUGUCUCCCUGAACGAGAUUCAGCAGCUGCAGAAGGACCAGGAGGUCUUCCUGGCCUCCUUGGUGGGGGUCCAGUCCGACUUCAACCAUUUGCUGGAGCUAAACCAGCAGAUUAAGGCCUUAGAUGUGCCCUCCAGCCCUUAUACCUGGUUGACAAUGGAGGUGCUAGAGAAGGUCUGGAGGCAUCUACAUGACAUCAUCAAGGAACGGGAGCAGGAGCUGCAAAAGGAAGAGGAGAGACAGGUCAAGAACUUUGAGAUGUGCCAGGAGUUUGAGCAGAAUGCUAGCGCCUUCCUUCAGUGGAUCUUGGAGACCAGGGCUUAUUUUCUGGAUGGGUCUUUGCUCAAAGAAACAGGAACACUGGAAUCCCAGUUGGAAGCAAAUAAACGGAAACAGAAGGAGAUUCAGGCCAUGAAGCGCCAGUUGACCAAGAUUGAGGAUCUGGGAGACAAUUUAGAGGAGGCUCUGGUCCUGGACAUCAAGUAAAGCACCAUCGGGCUGGCCCAGCAGUGGGACCAGCUCCACCAACUGGGAAUGCGGAUGCAGCACAACCUGGAACAACAGAUCCAAGCCAAAGACACCAUAGGUGUGAGUGAGGAGACAUUGAAGGAGUUUAGCACAACCUAUAAACAUUUUGAUGAGAAUUUGACAGGGCGCUUGAGUCACAAAGAUUUCCGGUCCUGUCUGAGAGGACUCAACUACUUCUUGCCCAUGGUGGAGGAUGAUGAACCUGAGCCCAAGUUUGAGAAGUUCCUGGAUGUUGUCGAUCCAGGGAGGAAGGGCUACAUCUCCCUGGAGGACUACACCUCAUUCCUGAUCGACAAGGAGUCAGAGAACAUCAAGUCCAGCGAUGAAAUAGAGAAUGCCUUCCAAGCCCUGGCGGAGGGCAAGGCCUAUAUUACCAAAGAGGACAUGAAGCAGGCCCUAACCCCAGAACAAGUGCAGUUCUGUGCAUCACAUAUGCAAGAAUAUGUGGACCCGCGAGGCCGAAGCCACCUUGCUGGUUAUGACUAUGUGGGCUUUACCAAUUCCUACUUUGGCAACUGAUAAGCAUCUUUUUCUGGGUCAUAGAAAAUCUUG